AUGGCGGCGGGGGUGGCCGGGUGGGGGGUUGAGGCAGACGAGUUCGAGGAUGCACCUGAUGUGGAGCCGCUAGAGCCCACGCUUAGCAACAUCAUCGAGCAGCGCAGCCUCAAGUGGAUCUUCGUCGGGGGCAAGGGUGGCGUGGGCAAGACCACCUGCAGCUGCAGCCUAGCAGUCCAGCUCUCCAAGGGGCGUGAGAGUGUUCUGAUCAUUUCCACAGACCCAGCCCACAAUAUUUCAGAUGCAUUUGACCAGAAGUUCUCCAAGGUGCCGACCAAGGUCAAAGGCUAUGACAACCUCUUCGCUAUGGAGAUCGACCCCAGCCUGGGCGUGGCGGAGCUGCCGGAUGAGUUCUUCGAGGAGGACAGCAUGCUGAGUGUGGGCAAGAAGAUGAUGCAGGAGGCCAUGAGUGCCUUCCCCGGCAUCGACGAGGCCAUGAGCUACGCCGAGGUCAUGAGGCUGGUGAAGGGCAUGAACUUCUCGGUGGUGGUGUUCGACACGGCGCCCACAGGCCACACGCUGAGGCUGCUCAACUUCCCCACCAUCGUGGAGCGGGGCCUGGGCCGGCUCAUGCAGAUCAAGAACCAGAUCAGUCCCUUCAUCUCACAGAUGUGUAACAUGCUGGGCCUCGGAGACAUGAACGCAGACCAGCUGGCCUCCAAACUGGAGGAGACCCUGCCUGUCAUCCGCUCCGUCAGCGAGCAGUUCAAGGAUCCCGAACAGACGACCUUCAUCUGCGUGUGUAUCGCCGAGUUCCUAUCGCUCUACGAGACGGAGCGGCUCAUCCAGGAACUGGCCAAAUGCAAGAUCGACACCCACAACAUCAUCGUCAACCAGCUUGUCUUCCCCGACCCCGAGAAGCCCUGCAAGAUGUGUGAGGCCCGUCACAAGAUCCAGGCCAAGUACCUGGACCAGAUGGAGGACCUGUAUGAAGACUUCCACAUCGUGAAGCUGCCGCUGUUACCCCACGAGGUGCGGGGGGCAGACAAGGUCAACACCUUCUCUGCCCUCCUCCUGGAGCCCUACAAGCCCCCCAGCGCCCAGUAGCACCUCCACCAGGCCCGGUCGCCGCCAUUUCAAACCCACCCUUCACCUCCCUCCCCCCCGCUCCGGGGCAGAGUUUGCACACACUCCCCCCACAGUACAGGGGGAGCCACUUGGGGGGGGUGGGAGGCGGGGAGGGGAUUCUGUUCCCCCUGGUGGGGCUGGGGGUACUGUAGUUGCCCCCCCUCCUCUCCCCGCCUCUUACUCCUCAAUAAAAUGAUCUUAAAGCAG